UACGGGUGUACUUCUCUCCUCUUUCCUCUAUGUUGACUCACCAACUUAGUUUCUUAACUCCAUUGAUUUCUCCAACACUUCUUUUCGGAUAUGAUCCAGCUGCUUCACAUCCUCCUGCUUCUAUAUAAACCCUUCAAGAAUGUCAUGCAAACCAAGCUCAUCACCAUCCGGAUCAUCCAGACAACAGAGCUCCAAACUCAUAAGCUAGAGCAGGCUGCAGCAGUGCAAGCACACACCCUUGCAGUGCAGCUAAGCUAAAAAUCGCCCGUGUACACGUGAUGGCCAGUGCCAGCCCAGCCAUGCAACAACAAGCCGAUCAGGCGCCAAGCGCCACGCCGCCCACUGCCUCACCGGCUCGCUACCGGCCGUCGCCGCUGGUGAUAUUCAGCGCGUGCCUCGUCCUUCUCGGCGCCGGUGGCCCCCUCCUGCUGCGUGUCUACUUCGUCCACGGCGGGCGCCGCCUGUGGCUGUCGGCGCUGCUGCAGCUCUCCGGAUGGCCGCUCCUGCUGCCGCCGCUCUGCGUGUCCCUCUUCCGAAACCGGCGCCACGGCAUCGUCGACAACCUCCUCCUGCCGCCGCGCCUCGCGGGCGCCGCGGCCGUGCUGGGCUGCUUCUACGCGCUCUCCUGCUUCGUCUACGCCAUGGGCUCCCAGGCGCUGCCCCUUUCCACUUCCUCGUUGCUCCUGGCCACGCAGCUCGCUUUCACGGCCGUCUUCGCGCUCCUCUUCGUCGGGCUCCGCCUGACACCCUUCUCCGCCAACGCCGUCUUCCUGCUCACCAUCGGUCCGGCCGUGCUCGGGGUCGGGCCCGGCUCAGGGAAGCCAGCGGGCGAGCCCGCCAAGGCGUACUGGACCGGGUUCUGCGAGGCCAUCGCCGCCGCAGCUCUCGCGGGCCUCGUGCUGCCCCUCGUCGAGGUCGCCAUGGAGCGUUACGGCCGAAAGCCCACGGGACCGGCCGCGAGCAGCGCGAGGGUGGCCCCGCCUCCUUACUCCACCGUGAUGCAGAUGCAGGCCGUGAUGGGCGCCGCCGGCACCAUGGUGUGCUUGCUCGGCAUGAGCAUCAAGGGCGACUUCGGGGCGCUGACGAGCGAGGCGGCGGAGUUCGGGCUCGGGAAGAACAACUACUACCUGGUGCUGGUGUGGGACGCCGUGUCGUGGCAGCUGCUCAACCUGGGCAUCAUGGGGCUCAUCACCUGCGCCUCCUCGCUGCUCGCCGGCAUCAUGAUCGCCGUGCUGCUCCCGCUCUCGGAGAUCCUCGCCGUCAUGUUCCUCCACGAGAAGUUCGACGGGCCUAAGGGCAUCGCCCUCGUGCUCUCCCUCUGGGGAUUCGCGUCCUACAUCUACGGCGAGAAGGCGCAGAAGAAGCAGGAGAUACGGAAGAGCGAGCUGCUACUGCUGCAGCAGCAGCAGGUGGCCAAGAAAACCGGGGACCUGGAGCUGGCUGCCCCUUGAACACCGACACCUUAAUUUUGUGUCUACAUGAACAUACAGUACGCCGGGUAUACAGGUGUAGCAAACAUCACAAAUUCUUUUCUUCCUUGAAAAAGUAUUAGUACACAGUAACAUACAUUUUGUA